AUAACAUCUCAAAGAAACCACCAACCACGACAAUGGAUCAUGUUGGUAUCAGACUUUGCCACUGCAGACGAAAGGGUUGAAGAAGAAGACGAGUGACGCAACUUUUCAGACUCUUCCUUUUCUACUUCAAGCCUUUCAAGCCUCCUCAAUCAACCAUCCAAACUACAACCAAUUAUAGUCGACGGCGGCUCAUCCCUAUAACCUAUCCAUCUUUUUCCCUCUUGCAUUGGUACCAAUAUAUUAUUGUACAAACAUAACCAAUGUGUAUUGUAUAAUAUCAGUUCCCUCUUUCUUUUUACCAACUUCCAAAACCUAGACAACUAUACCCGACUAUGUCUCUCACAUCCCGACACCCGCUCCGCAAGAGCUGCAGCUUCUGCCGCGCACGCAAGAUCAAGUGCAGCAACGAGACCAUCUGCGAAGCUUGCCGCAAGCAAAAUGUCGAUUGCGUCUACGACUGGGACUCACGGCCGCCAAAAACCCGCACCGUAUCCCAGGACAUGAGCAGAAACAACAGCACCGGCGACGGCAGCGGUGUUCCCGUACCGCAACGCCAGAGAGCCUCGACGGGUGGCUCGCCACAUUCGAUGCCCAUCAUGGAGGAGCCUACGCAGAUGGAUGGAAGCGGUGGUGCAGCGCCCAUGGCCCUGAUGGGCGGCGGCGAAGACGUGGCUAGCAUGCUCAACAGCAUGUUUAUCGAAAACUUUGGCGAGAAUCCGGCGCCUGGGCCCAAGUCGAACCCGUGGCAGGAGAGGAUAUCGGCGUAUAACCAGACUCUCCGCUUGACUUUGCAGGAUCGGAGCGAGAAUGUCGUCAACUCAAAGUUCAGUCACCGAGAUGUCAAGUACACUGGCAUCCUACAGCUUCUCACUCAUGACUUGGUCGGCCUUGUGGUUGAUAAGUUUGGCGGUUUGGGAUCCAUCUUCAUGGAACAGGGCGGUGGUAGAUUCUAUCUUACAGGACUCGCAAGCGACGCCACACCAUCGAUGUUCGAUACGACACCGACAGGACCGAGUCCCCUGACCGACUACGGCACUCGACAGAUUGGACAAUUGGUCGAUGUGUGGUACAGCGUCCACCCUCUCUCCUUUCUCGUUUCCAAGACCUUGCUUCUUCGCGAACUGAGAGACGGCACACACGACGAGGUCCUUCUGGCAGUCAUCCUCGCCGACGCAUCCUUCUCCCUCGGCGACGAGGUAGCCAUGGCGAGAGGACACGUUCUACUUCGGUGGGCGUCAGCUCAACUCCAGAACCGCCCCAUCUCAACCCGGGUCAGCCAACCGGGCAUGCCCGGCGCCGGCAUCUCCCUCCCCGGGAUCAGCACAGCACAGGUCCUGAUGCUCCUGGGAUGGAACAGCCUCUGCCAAGGGCAGAUCAAGCGUGCCACGUGCUACAUUGGCCUCUCUGGCCGCCUGGCGACUGAGAUCAAGGACACCAUCUCAGCCUCCUCGGCGCCCCUGACGACGAGCCGCAUCAACGGCAUCGACGUCUGCGAGGUCGAAAAGGAAAUCGUCGCCUACCUCUACUGGACGACCUACACUCUCACCCUCUGGACUUUCCUGCAAAUGGGUACCCACUUCUCGCAACUGCUCCCCACGAGCCUCACCUCCAUCUUCCUCCCCGUCGAUGAGACCUCUUCCGUGCUGAUGCGCCUCGAUGAGGUCUCGGACAACUUCUCCACGCUGCAAAAGCAGAAGAGCAUGAUCAAAGAAAUGUGGCCCCUCGCCCACAUCGCCUCCAUCACGGCCUACAUCUUCGCCCUCUACCCGCAGGAGCCCGACCCCAACGAGACGGUCAGCACAAACUUCUGGCAGGAGGCGCCCCUGCUCGCACUCCAGCGCAUCCAACAGGGCAGCACACCCCAGGACAUGGAGUGCGUCUGCCGCGAGGUCUACCGCGUCCUCAUGGAGAGCAUCCACCUCCUCAACCGCCAGGUCGCCCACGCGCCCUCCCGCUCCCUCGUCCUGUCCGUGUACCACACCAUGGCCAUCCACCUCCUCUUCCCAGCCAUCCUACCCGGCGCACCGCCCCCGGCAGAGCCCUUUUCCCUCACGGCGGAAACGGUCGAGCGCUUCAUCGGCUCGGCGCAGGAGCUCGUGAGCAUAAUGCUCCACAUUGCCGAGCAGACGUCCCAAGAAGGCCCCGUCAUCAUGCCCGCGCAGAGCAAGAACUCCUUCCCCGACGUCUUCUGCCUCGCGCUCGACACGUGCGCCCGCGGCCUAUCCUUCAUCUACGCGCAAAAGCAAGCCGGUGUCCUCAACAUGGAGCCGCAAAUGAUUGCCGUCUACGAAGGCCGCCUCGAGGCCCUGGCGUCCCGCCUCCUGGGCAUCGCGGCCUCGGACUUUCUCUCCCCCGGCGGCCAGGUCCGCGCCAUCAAGAAGCACCUCAAGGCCGUGAUGCGCGCGUUUGGCGGUCACGUCGGUAGCAGAAGCAGCAGCAGCAGCAGCAAGGGCAACAGGAACAGCACGGGCAGCGGCAUGAGCAUCCCCGUCAGCAUCAGCCACCACACGCGCUCCGACUCGUACGCCUCGUCGUCGUCCACCACGACGCACUCCAUGUCGCGCCGCAAUUCUUCGCUCCCGCACACCCCGCCGCAGCACCACCACGACCACCCGUUCUCGGGCGCCCCGACGGCCGUGGACUCGGCGUCGUCCUUUAUCAGCCCCAUGGACACGUCCAUGAUGCCGUCCGUCUCGUCGUCUUCGUCGGCAGACGACUCCAUGACCUCGACGAGCGAGCUGGCAACCCCGUUCAACCCCUUCAGCCCCGGAGACAGUCACAAGCAUCAGCAGCAACAACACGACUGGCGUGCCGCAGACGAAAUGUUCGCUCACGUCAUGGACCCCGCGGCGCUGGGGGCCCCGACGGGCGAUCACCACCUCACGCUCGCGGACCUGGUGGACUGCCAGGCUGGCGCGGCGGGUUGGUUCCCCGACCACAGCGGCGGGCAGAUGCUCGUCGACUUUGACAUGGGGGCGGCGACCAACUGGGAGUGGCCGUCUGUCAACGACAUGGGUGGCGGCGGUCACGAGGGGAUGACUGCGGCAGCGGCCGCGGUGGGGAGCGACAUGGACGCCAUGUUUUACAACUAUUUCAAGAAAUGAUGGGGGGAGGCUGGUUGGAGUCAUCCUCGUGAAUUUUUUCCAUCUUUCUGGUUUCGCUCCCUUCUCAUGACUUGACGAAGAAUCAUUUCCUUAUUUCUUUUUCUCCUGCCAUUUUCUUUGGUACUUUUCUUGCAUUGGGCUCUAUGGGAGCGAGAGCUAAACCACACACACACACACCUCCUUACCCCCUUGUACAGAAUAGAUUUCAUUUGGGGGUCCCUUGGAAUGGGACCGUGUCUUCAACAGCUUCUUCAUCAUCACUGCAUAGCUCCCAACUAGACGAGCAGGCAGGCAGCCUUUCAUUCACCGGCAAGGCAUUCUUUUUUGUCUCGUUGGUUUCCUUUUGUUUCACAUUUUUCACCGGUUUAGAGGGUCUUUGGGGGUUUAGGCAUACUGACACACAAUUUCGGCGUUCAAGAGGUUCCGGGCUUACAUUUCUCUCCCUUCCUUUUCUUCUUUAUUCACAAUGUGCUACUUUUUU